UCAAGCCGUUCGUCUCCCCGCCAGGAACUUGCUUUCUCCCUCUCUCUCGCGCUUCUUCUGUGGGAUCGACUUCGGUCUGAAAAAGGAUGGUGAAGGAGGGAAGGAGGGAGGCGACGGCGGCGAGGGUGCUGGAGGACCUGAUAGAGAGGGCCGGCGGGUGCGCGGUGGUGGACGGUGGGUUCGCCACCUGGCUGGAACACCAUGGCGCUAAUAUCAACGACCCAUUGUGGAGCGCCUCCUGCCUGAUCACCAAUCCUGACCUCAUCAAACAGGUCCAUGUGGAGUAUCUGGAGGCAGGUGCGGACAUUCUUGUCACUUCUUCUUAUCAGGCAACAAUCCCAGGAUUCUUGAGCAGAGGGCUGUCGAUGGAGGCAUCGGAGUCAUUGCUGCGGAAGAGUGUAGCUCUGGCUCGCGAUGCGCGAGAUUCUUUUUGGAGCACAGUGAAGAAAGUCCCUCCGCGCGGUCAUAAUCGUCCUCUGGUCGCGGCUUCGAUUGGAAGCUACGGAGCGUACCUUGCGGAUGGCUCCGAAUACAGUGGGCUUUAUGGACAUGGUGUGACAUUGGACAAGCUGAAGGAUUUUCACCGGCGGCGUCUGCAAGUACUUGUGGAGGCAGGGCCUGAUUUGCUUGCAUUUGAAACAAUUCCUAACAAGCUCGAAGCUCAGGCUUGCAUUGAGCUGCUUGAUGAAGAAAAUAUUACUAUUCCUUCUUGGAUUUGCUUUAGCUCCAUAGACGGGGAGCAUGCUGCCUCUGGAGAAAGUUUCAAAGAUUGCCUUGAUAUUCUAAAUAAGAGUGAGAAGGUGAACGCCGUUGGUAUCAACUGCACACCUCCUCAUCUUAUAGAGAACCUUAUACUUAUGUUUCGUAAGUUGACAGAAAAGGCAAUAGUUGUCUACCCUAACAGUGGUGAGGUAUGGGAUGGCUGUGCGAAGCGAUGGCUGCCAUCCAAGUGUUUUGAUGAUCUGCAAUUCAAGCUAUCUGUCAAGCGAUGGCAAGAAGCAGGUGCUAAUCUGAUCGGUGGAUGUUGCCGAACUACCCCUUCUACUGUUUGUGCCAUUUCAAAAGGUCUUAAGGAGCAGGCUUUGUUUCACUAGGGCAUGAUGAUGAAUCACCUUCCUGACAACAUUUUGCCAAAAAUUCCAUCUGCUCUGCAAGCUUCUCAAGAUGAAAAUAAUGUCUGCUAGCUGCAGAGGCACUUACCAGUCUACGAUACAUGAAGAAGAGAAAUUUUGCAACCUAUAAAAAAUCUUAGCUUAAUCCUAUUAUGAUGCUGUCUUCGUCACUAGAUGUAGUAGUCAAGUAAAACGUUGUUCUGUUUCAUUCUUGUAAGUUUGCUAUAACCCCAUAGUUCCCGGGUUGCAAUAAAAGAAAAGCAAAUAGAAGUGCAGCUUCGAGAAAUUCUGGUUCCUAAUUUUCCCACAACUAAAUGGAAAAAUGCCUUCUCCUA